CUUGGUGCAAGCUGGUUUUCUCAAAAUCACACCUGACCCGCCUGCUGCUGCUGUUCAGGAUACCUCGUACGUUAGUUACGGCUCAACAGCGUAUAUGUUGAUUCCCGUAAUUGGCCGCUUCCUCGGAUGGAUGUCGAAUUUAACAUCGACCCAGAUGAAUUCCAGGCUCGCAAGCGCAGACGAAUGUCAACCAUGACCACUUCCCUACCUCCACCACCCAAGGUAGCCCCAACCUCUGCUCCUGGGGUACACGAAAUUGCCACCUUCCUCCCUGGCAGGCUUGAGUUCGAACACGAGCUCGAUAAUGAAGCGGAGGAUCUUGUGAAGGAUCUAGAAUUCGGAAUUUGUCCUGCACGAGGCAAUGAACAGAUUAUGGAAGAUGAGAACGGCCCGGAUGUACGUGCCAGGGCACGAAUGCAAGAAGAGCGCAAAACUGUUGCUGGUUCCAGGAACAGCAGUCAGCCACCCGUCAAUGGUGUCAGUGGCAACGGACAUCUUUCAAUGAACGUAUCAAGUUCAAAACGGCUUAACGCAAGUCAUCAUACUCGAGAUCAUUCACAUCUUCAACCGCCAGGCAGAGAUCGUCAAGCUGAUCCGCACGCUUCUUAACUGCUUCAACUCCACCAUUUUCCAGUUUUUUUAUUUUUAUUGUAGCUCACAAUUGCGCAGUGACACUUUCAGGUCUCUGCAACCCACUUACUUCCCUGGGUUCGCAUUCUCUUG